GGCGGCGGUGUUGGCGGUGGUGUUCCCGUUCCCGCCGGCGGUGGUGUUCCCGGCGGUGUUUCGGGGAUCCCGUGGGGUGGGCCGUCGGGGCGCCGGGGGCCCGACGAUGGACUAUGACUUCAAAGUGAAGCUGAGCAGCGAGCGGGAGCGCGUGGAGGACCUGUUCGAGUACGAGGGCUGCAAGGUGGGCAGGGGCACCUACGGACACGUCUACAAGGCCAAGAGGAAGGACGGGAAAGAUGAUAAAGACUAUGCUUUAAAACAAAUAGAAGGUACUGGGAUUUCUAUGUCAGCAUGCAGAGAAAUAGCGUUGCUACGAGAACUUAAACACCCGAACGUCAUCUCCCUACAAAAAGUGUUUCUAUCCCAUGCUGACCGAAAAGUGUGGCUUCUGUUCGACUACGCGGAACAUGACCUCUGGCAUAUAAUCAAGUUUCACAGAGCUUCUAAAGCAAACAAGAAGCCAGUUCAAUUACCUCGGGGAAUGGUGAAGUCACUAUUAUAUCAGAUCCUAGAUGGUAUUCACUACCUGCAUGCUAACUGGGUGUUGCACAGGGAUUUGAAACCUGCUAAUAUUUUAGUUAUGGGCGAAGGUCCUGAACGAGGAAGAGUAAAAAUUGCUGACAUGGGGUUUGCCCGAUUAUUUAAUUCACCUCUGAAGCCUUUAGCAGAUCUGGACCCAGUAGUUGUAACAUUCUGGUACCGAGCUCCAGAACUCCUUCUUGGAGCAAGACAUUAUACCAAAGCUAUUGAUAUUUGGGCUAUAGGGUGUAUAUUUGCAGAACUACUGACAUCAGAACCAAUAUUUCAUUGUCGACAAGAGGACAUCAAAACUAGUAAUCCUUAUCACCAUGACCAGCUGGACAGAAUAUUCAAUGUAAUGGGAUUUCCUGCAGAUAAAGAUUGGGAAGAUAUUAAAAAGAUGCCUGAACAUUCAACGUUAAUGAAAGAUUUCAGAAGAAACACGUAUACCAACUGCAGCCUUAUCAAAUAUAUGGAAAAACAUAAAGUUAAACCAGAUAGUAAAGCAUUCCACUUGCUUCAAAAAUUGCUUACUAUGGACCCAAUAAAGCGAAUUACCUCAGAACAGGCUAUGCAGGAUCCAUAUUUCUUAGAAGAUCCACUUCCUACAUCAGAUGUUUUCGCAGGUUGCCAGAUCCCCUAUCCCAAACGAGAAUUUUUAACGGAAGAAGAACCUGAUGACAAAGGAGACAAAAAGAACCAGCAGCAGCAGCAAGGCAAUAACCAUACUAAUGGAACUGGUCACCCAGGGAAUCAAGACAGCGGUCACACCCAGGGACCCCCGUUGAAAAAAGUGAGAGUUGUUCCUCCCACCACUACCUCAGGUGGACUGAUCAUGACCUCAGACUAUCAGCGUUCCAAUCCACAUGCUGCCUAUCCUAACCCCGGACCAAGCACAUCACAGCCACAGAGCAGCAUGGGAUAUUCAACUACCUCCCAGCAGCCUCCACAGUACUCCCACCAAACCCACCGGUACUGAGCUGCGUCUGAAUAAUGUCAAUGCACUGUUGCAAAUGCUGCAGGACUGGCCAUGCAGCGCUCUGUCUGGAACCUGGCCCGGCCCCCCCGAGAAUGUACCGUGCACCCACACCUUCCAAACGUCCGACAGCCAAGGUCCACCACCACUUUUCACGGAACGGAGCGGCGGCUCCCCCAGUUGUACCUGUUUCGGAGUUAGACUUGAACAGAAAAGUGCUAGCACAGUUUGUGUUGUGGAUAUGCUACUUCCAUAGUUUACUUGACAUGGUUCAGACUGACCAAUGCAUUCUUUAUUUCAGUGACAGUCUGUAGCAGUUGAAGCUGUGAAAUGUGCUAGGGGCAAGCAUUUUUGUUGUCGUAUGUGGUAAAUUCUCUCGAUGUAACAACAUUAUCCGACCAAUAGUACGCAGAACCCUUUAACUGGUACUUGAAGCAUACAGUAUGUGUUAACACAAGCAAAAAAACAAAAACACACACACAAAAAAAAAACCAACAACAAAAUAGCCAACACUCAAAUCGGGGCAAUUUUGCGACACAUUUCUUCUUAGUGACUCUUUCAGUGGGUUGAUUCAUUUUCCACAUCAGUCAGUGUUUUUGACCGACAAAAUUGCUACAGAAUUCUUCAAAACGAAGUAAAAGCCGCGCAGUUUUUUUUCCGGCAGAUUUCAAAACUCCCAAAGAUUGAUUUCCGAGCUAUGAGUUUGUUUUUAUUUUAAAUUUAUGACUUGACUGGUAUGAAAGCUGCUAUUCGAUAGUAAAUAAGUAUGUUGUCAUUGCUAUAAACCUGUUUGGUCCAGCAAACAUACUCAGAUGAUUGUGUGAGCGAGCUUUGGGAUUCAAAAAGCAUGAGUGAUAAAUUCCUCGAAAGGUGCGCCACCCAUUCAGAUAGUUCAUCCUGAUUUUUAAAGGCUGGCUUGGUGUAGUGGAUUUAAAAUUUUCUUCAGUUAAUUUUCUUUCGUAAAAUUUGUUCGCACGUUUUUUAGGGUGCCCUCACUUCAGCAAAGGAGAAGGAGUAGGAGAGCCUUAGAAUCUAUGAGGAAAAAAAAAAAACUAUAACAUACAAUGUACUGUAUCAGACUAUUUUACAUGAAUGACGCAAGUAUUCUGAAUAAAAAAAAAUUGAACAUUGUUAAAAACAAGGUGUUAUGUAAUAAAUUUAUUUUUCAUAAAUCUGAA